CCACCCAAUCCCUCAUUACUCAGCCAUCCCCCGCAUCACCACCUCCCAAACCACCCACAUACCACAUAUAUCAAAACGUAAUCAUUCGUAAGCUCAUUAGAGAGCGUAAAAUGACCGAUAGCGUGUAACGUAACGAUUCCCAUACGCGUCGUUCGAAAGAAAAGUACGUACACACCAAAAGUGGGACAGAGAAGUUUUGCACGUGUAUUCGAAGGUGUAUCCCGUGGAAGGCACGCACGAGUAGGGGAAUAAAGAAGAAGAAGAAGUAGGGGGCAGAGUGAGAGUAGCCGCGGGAGGCAGGUAAGAAGGAAUUCUCACACCAGUGUCUGAAAAGGAAUUGCACCAGGUGAAACACGGGAACAACAGAGAGAAGGAUAGAAAAGGGGGGUGUCGGUCGGUAGAAGGGGAGCAUAGGUAAAAGAAGGAGUAGGAAGGAGAGAGAGACUUCUGUCGGUAGUGGAUGGGCAUUCGAGGUUUGGGCCUGCACGCGUUCCACGGCUAACCAGCGAUUCACAGAAGACCGGCUACCUUCGGUGGAACCGGUUGCUUGUGGUCGAUAACCUGACUUCUACGUGUACAACAGUAUCAUCGUACACCGAACCGUGUCACCUGAAUGGCCGACCUCUCGCCGAGUCCAAAUCUUCCGUGUUCGUUUGCGUAGUUCGAUUGAAACCACGGGGUUUAGUGAUCGAGAGUGAACACUGCAAGAAAGUUCUUGAAUUCUGGCCGCGGAAAGAUGAGCGGCCCUAGCGUGGACGUCGUCUGGGACCCACAGACGCAGAUGAAUUCUUUGGAUUGUUGGGAUUACUCCAUUGAACUCUCGUGUCUUCAAGGACCUGAAGAUUUACAAUUGGCGGCAGAACUCGGUAAAACACUCUUGGAGCGAAAUAAAGAAUUAGAGAACAUCGUCAAAGCACAACAAACCACGAUCGAGGAGCAAGCACAAGAAAUAGAGUAUAUGAAAAAGCAAAUAGCUGCCUUGAGGGAAGUAAACGAUUCGCGGCUGAAGAUCUACGAACAACUUGAAGUUAGCAUCCAGAACUUGGAACGCGCCAAUCACCGUUUAGUAAUAGAAAAGACGAGCGACAAGAAGCUUAUUAAAAGUCAGUGUUUGACGAUCGAAAAUUUGGAAGCACGUUGCGAAGAAUUCCAGAAGAAAAUCGACGAGAUAAACGAGAAACAUGAAAGUCUACUCCGGCAGCAAAGUGCGGGGCAAUCGACGAACACCGCACAAACACAAACCGCUCUGUGGAAAGCAUCGGUCACGCCGGGUGGCAGCAUACAACAGAGCGCUGCCCCAUCUAGCCAAAAACCUUUCCAAGAUGCAAUCACAGACUCAAGUAUACGACAAUCGAUAACAGGAGGGACAAGUGAGGAAGAAUUAACAGAAUUGUUAAGGCAAUUACAAGAAGCUCGAAACCAAAUAGCCAGGGAACAGAAGAAAAACACAGAACUUAAACAGCAGGUGGCGUUCCUGACACAAGGAUACAGUGCCUUAGAGGAACAAUUAAAUGGUUUGCGCUGUACAGAGCAAGAUGUGAAAAAUCUUCAAGAAGAAAUAAACAUGCUCGAAGAAGUAAGACGGGGUCAACUAUGCGGUCGAUGUUUGCGAGGAAUGGACUCCAAAGCACACGAUGAACUCUCUAUAAUGUUGAACCAAGAAGAGUACGAUGACAUUAGCAUAGCAGAGUCGCUAAUCAAUGAGAGCCAACGGGAACCAGAGCCAAUCAUACAGGAUCUGAACGAGAAAGAGGUACCAGCGAACGACCUAAGCAAUCCGUACCGAGUUCUAGUGGAAAAGUACCAAGCCCUGCUGGAGGUACAAAGGCGUUCCGCACCCCGUCGCAAGGACAACUUGCCUACACCAUGCAUGUCAUUGCAAGAGGAGCUCGAGAUGUCCGGCGAGUUCAACAGCUUCCAAAACUCCACAUCGGAGACAGAAUUACAACAAGAGUCGACGAAAUCCACAGUCGCGAACGGCACUCGCACCAAAGCUGAAGGAUGCGGUAAGAAACCGUUUUCCGCUACCCCGACAGAUUUCUCCGAGGCGGAGACGUUGUCUUCUGGUUUCUCUGACGAAACGAGCAACAAAGCGACGCAGACCGACGGAAGACCUGGUUCGUUGCUGUGCUCCCUGGCCGACGGCGAAGACUGCAAGUUCAGCAUUUAUGACGACAACAGCCCGUUUGAAAGCAGGUUCCGAAAGACGCCCGAGUACAGGCAGAUAUUCAGCGAAAUAUUCAGCGUUGUGAAGAGGGCGGCGGAGGCGAAAGACGUGGGUGAAAAAUUGCCGCUGUUGAACGACUCGACGAGCACGAUCGUACCUCAGACACAGUCGGUGUUGGAGGAUGUUCCUAGCGAUACCACGGACGACAAUCAGAGCAUCGUCUCUUCGGCUUUGUCGUCCACCGUGUCUGAGCCGUUGUACAGAGUACAAACACCAGUUUCGAACGGUACCAGUGAACAGACACAGAGCAACGAGGCGACCACUACUGUAAAUACCAAGAACGAGAAGACGGCAGGACAACGGAAUGGCUGUCGUCUGGACUACCUGACGGUUAACGUGCACGUUAAGAAACAGGCGAAGAAACAUUCCACCAGAAAAUUGACACACGAUAAGUCGAUUGCGCUCGACGUCAUACCCACGACCAACCCGAAAUUCGUUCAUCCGAAAAUGAGCAACAGCGGGAAGAAGAAGUUCCGGCCAUUCACUGUUUAUGACCAAAAUGGCGGCACGUGCAACGGGUACAGUUACGCGACCAGAACGAAAGAAACGCAGAAUACGGGCAAACAAGCUAACAAUACGUGCGCGCGCAAUGAACAACAUAAUAAUUCUUUCGAGUACAGGAACUACAAACCGAGCACCGCGUCGGAAGAGGUUGCCCGGCUGAAGAGGCUAGAAAUGUCGUACGCUGAAGUUCUUCGGUUGCCAAACAAAGCUAAGAUGAGCAAUCAUAGAAGUUAAGAAACGCGACGAGAAAAGUGACUUUCAUACGUAACGUAUAGUCAAGAAGUCAAGAAAUUUCGAACUCGAUGUCGCUUGACCGUGUGUUAGGUGUAGAGGUUCGAGAUUUCUUGAUUUUAAGUGAACACUUAGGCAGAAACAUGAUUAAAUUAUUUCGGAUGGUUCAGUAUUGAUAAUCAGCGUUAAUUAAAAAUACUUUGUAAAUUGCGUAUAGUGUCUACUAGGUACUCAACUACGGUGACCGCUGGAUAAGUAGACGCUUUGUAAGAUCCGACUUUAGUGCUCGUAGCGCCGCUGCUUGUCGAGCGGCCAUUGUAUUAGAAAUUAAUUUUAUUAUUAUUACGCGUACUAGGUAGUCAACUAUUAGACAUUAAUUUUUUUAUUGUAUUUUAUAUGUUAAUUGUAUAUCUUUUUUUUCAUGUGGAUGUGCGUGGGUAACAAAGGUACACAACGUUAAUAUAUAUAUAUAUAUUGUUGGCGAUAUCUAUACGAGAUUAAUGAGAAAGACAAAUUCGAGUCGUAUCUCGGACAUUUGAUUUCUCUUUAGAAGUUGUAGUUGUGAUGAAGGAAUAAAGUUAUUUAUGUGCCAUUUA